AUGCCCGUGGAGGUGCCACUGAGAGGUUGGCGCAGCCUAAGGCUGCUCAGAUAUGGCGUCCUCGCGGCCAUUGGUGGUGUUUGCUUCUGUCAGCUGCCUGGGCUGAGAAGGUCACCUCAUCCACUGAGAGCUGUGGCAGAAGUCGAGACCCAGGAGGUUGAUGCGCAACUGCGGAAUCUCAGGGAUUUGGCAUCGCAGGGCUUGGCCAACGAAGCGGAGGAUGCUCUGUACGAGAUGAUCGAUGCAGGAGUGAAGCCUGAGUCUCUACACUUCAGCGCCAUCAUUGCUUCCUGCGCCCCCAAUGCAGAUGUGGACCGGGCAGAGCGCUGGCUCUUCCGCAUGAAGGCCUUGGAGGUGGAGCCCACCAUGGAAGUCUUUCAGGAGCUAAUGCACGUUGCAGCGGAGGCAGGCAAUCCUACUGCAGCUGAGCAGUGGAUGAACGAAGCAUGGCAGGAGGGACAUGAACCUUCGCUGCAGAGCUUCAAGUAUUUGCUGCGAUCUUUGAGGAAAUCUGGCGACAGUGUGAGAGUGGAGACCUGGUUUGAGCGGUUGAUGCAAAUGCAGCUGCAGCCGGACAUGGAUUGCGUCAACGAGAUCAUCGGGGCAUACGUUGACCAAGAGAACCUGGAGAAGGCCAUUGAAUGGAAGGCCAUCGCCAAGCGACUGGGCCUCAUCCCCAACGUGGACACCUACAAAUUGCUGAUUGCCACCUAUGCGAAAAUGGGGCUCCUGCAGGAGGCGGAAGAUCUCUUUGAUGAGAUGCAGAAAGACAGGCAGGAGGUGCCCGAAGCUGAGUUCUAUGCCUUGCUCACAGGGGAUGGCCGUUCCUUUCGACCCCGCGAGACGGUGGAAGAGUGGUCACAGAGGCUCUUGGAUGCCAAGAUCGACAUUGACAGUGAAACUUACACUGCAGUAAUUGGCGCUUGGGCAUCUGUGGGUGAUGCUGCGCAAGCAGAGGACUGGUUUGCGCGCAUGAUGGAGGAGGAGAAAGCGACUCCAGAGGUGACAACAUGUGGCAAGCUGAUGCAAGCUGUAGGUUGCCAGCGGUUACCAGCAUGGAAGCGUUUCAGUGAACAAGAAGAUUAG